AUGAAUGCAAGAAAUAUAUUUACCAUUGAUCCAUAUCCGUCAUUGCGUAGUGUGAAUGUGACCUUACAAUCUAUGGCAGAAUGGUUUCCCAGAGUUGAUGGCAUUAGGGAUUUCCGAGGAUAUACCGUGAAUAUGCCAAUACAAAGUGAUAUUCCCAGUACAUAUUUUUACAAGGACGAAAAGACAGGAAAAUUUAUAGCCGACGGCUUGGCAUCAUGGAUUGUAAAUGAGCUAAUGAUCCGCUUGAAUGUCUCCCUGAAUGUAUAUCCCUUACUGUAUAACCACUCAUAUUUCCUUAAUUCACAUCGAAUUUGUCAGCUGCUACGAAGUGGAGAAAUGGAAAUAAGCCCACACAUAAUGUCAGUUGUUAAAUAUGAACCUGAAUUGGAUUAUAGUUAUCCCUAUACCACUACCACGCGUUGCAUAAUGAUGCCUCUAGGCCGAGAACACAUCAUCGCUUUUCGAAAAUUCGUGAAUUGGAAAUUGUUCAUAUUUCUAACAGUUAUGCUACUCAUCUACGCAGUUGUGUGGCAUGUCUACCUCGAAUACUGUUCAAAAGAAUCGAAUGCCCUGCAGUAUUAUCGUCCAUUCUAUAUAAUUUGUAUUCUUCUGGGUAUUCCGAUGCCAGCAAUACCCAGACCCUCGUUUAAACCUCUACGCUCGAUAGCAUUCAUCCGAAUUAUAUUACUAUACUUUCUGAUCACAUUUACGGGUAAUUAUAGUUCUACGCUCUUCUCCAGUAAUUUAUCUUCAUUCCUCACCGCCAGCUAUUUCAAAACUCCCUCACCAACAUUACAGGAAAUACUCUCCUCCAAUAUACCGAUUAUGAUGCGGCCAUUUGAUGCCGAGUCCUUUAUGAAACAUUUCAAAAUUAAUACCGAUGAUCCGCAACAUUUUGUGCAGGCUUCUUACGAGACCGUCUAUCAACAUCGUUCACAGCUUAAUACCUCUUUUAUGUAUCUGAUAACCCGUCCUGAAUUUGAUGUCAUCGAUGAACAGCAACGUUACUUGCACUCCAAACGUUUCAUCCUGACCGAUGUGUGUCAUGGUCCAUAUCCUCUGCAGUUUCAAUUGACGGCCGAUAGUCAUUUCCUGCCGUUGUUACAGCUUUUCGUACUUCGUCUGUGUGAAGGUGGUAUUACUGAAUUCCAGAUGCAGACACUAUUUCAACGGGCCAAGAAACAUGGUAAAAUUGAUUAUAUAAGGGAAGAGGUCAAUGAUGUGACUACAAAAAUUAAUAUGAAUAUCACAUUAAAUACUCUGGCAGCAAUGAAAUAUAUUCUGGCGGCAGGUUAUAUCUCUAGUUUCGUUGUAUUUUUAAUCGAAUUAUAUUCGAAACGAGGUCCAAGUUCAUUAAGAAAAUAA